AUGGACAGCUCAAAGACCCCAACCAACCCCCAGACCGGCUCGACUGCGUCCCGACGAAGAAGCUCCGGACCUGCCUUCGACGGCCUGAUGGCCCACAAGCGAUCCAAUGACCCUGAGUGUAUGGCACGACGGGCCAGUCUUCACGAUCAGAAGCCUCAGGCGGGCUUCUUCGGUACGAUGUGGAAUAACUUCACGCGAGGCCCGUCCAGCCCUACGAAGUAG